UUUCCAUUUAACAAACCUUCUACCAUUGCUAUCUUGUUCAGCGAAAAAAAUGAAGACCGCCACCCUCUCUCUCCCUAAGCACCGGACAAGAAAGAUGAUUUUUUUGGGGAUAAAUCUAUUUAAUAAACAAAAAAAAAAUAAUAUUCCCAAAAAGAUUUAAGAAAAAAAAAACUUAAUCUACACCCAAACUCAUCUAUGAUCAUCAAGAGCUCAUUUCAGAUUUCACCAUUGCCCAAGAGUUCUCUCUCAUUGCGUGUUGUGACAGAAAUUGAAGAAGGAGGCAGUGACCAGUGGCGGAGCCAUAUAUAGUUGAGGGACACUCUUCGUCAGAAAAUUACACUGUAUAGCUAGAUAAAUUUUUUAUUUUUAUAUAUAUAUACUACAUAUUGACACUCCUUGACUUCUCGUGAAUUUACUUCUUUAUAUUUUGACAACUCUUAGUGAAAAUUCUGGCUCCGCCAAACCCACCUGUUAUUUUGUGGAAUUCAAUGAUCAGAGCAUAUGUAACAACAAAUCAGCAUCAAGAAGCUUUAAAUAUGUACAAUUCAAUAUUAGAACACAAGUCUAUUAAACCGGAUAAGUAUACAUUCACUUUUGUUUUUAAAGCUUGUACUGGAAUGAAUGAUUUUGAAAAGGGUGUCAAGAUUCAUGAAGAGAUAGUGAAAAGAGAUCUUGAAAAUGAUGUCUUUAUUGGGACUGGGUUUAUUGGUAUUUGGAUAGUGCAAGGAAGGUGUUUGAUAAAAUGCCUAAAGGGAUGUUGUAGCUUGGAAUGCAAUGAUUUCUGGGGUUGCACAGAGUGUAGACCUAGUUAAGGCUGUUGACCUUUUCAAGAAAAUGCAAUUUGUUUGUCAAAUUAGUCCUAAUUCGGUGACGUUAUUGAAUUUGCUUCCUGGGGUUUGUAAAUUAAUGGAUAUGAGGGCAGGCAGGUGUAUACAUGGUUAUGUAUAUAGGAGAGUGUUUCCGGUUUCUGUUUAUAAUGCUUUGAUUGAUACAUACUCAAAAUGUAAUUAUCCCGAUGUUGCUCACCGAGUUUUUAAUGAGUUAAGGGGAAAAGAUGAUGUUUCAUGGGGUACAAUGAUGGCAGGUUAUGCAUAUAAUGGGAAUUUUCGUGAAGUUUUGGAAUUGUUUGAUUGCAUGAAGAGGACGGGCUUGAAAAUGAGCAAAGUAUCAGCUGUAAGUGCAUUGCUCGGGGCUGGUGAAAUGGGUGAUUUAGAGAGAGGGAUUGAAAUUCAUGAAUGUGCAAUUCAAGAAAUGAUUGAUUCUGAUGUUAUGAUUGCUACUUCAUUAAUGACAAUGUAUGCAAAGUGUGGAGUAUUGGACAAAGCUAGAGAUCUGUUUUGGGGGAUUAAGCGAAGAGAUUUGGUUGCUUGGUCUGCAGCAAUAGCUGCUUUCUCACAAUCAGGAUAUCCUCAAGAGGCGAUCUCUCUGUUUCGAGAUAUGCAGAAUGAGUAUUCACAGCCAAAUAAUGUUACUCUGGUGAGCGUAAUCCCAGCCUGUGCAGAGCUAAGGGCAGUGAGAUUAGGAAAGAGUGUCCAUUGUCAUGCCAUCAAAGCCAAUAUCGAUUCUGAUAUUUCAAUAGGAACUGCCUUGGUUUCCAUGUAUGCUAAGUGCAACCUGUUUAGUUCUGCACUUAAUAUGUUCAAUAAGAUGCCAUUAACUGAGGUAGUGACAUGGAAUGCUCUGAUAAAUGGGUAUGCCCAGGUUGGUGACUGCUGUAAUGCAUUAGAAAUGUUUUGCCAAUUGAGGUUAGCUGGAUUAUACCCAGACCCAGGGACAAUGGUUGGUGCGCUUCCAGCUUGUGCCUCCCUGGGUGAUGUACACUUGGGCAUGUGCCUUCAUUGUCAAAUUAUCAGAUAUGGGUUUGAGUCGGACUGUCAUGUGAAGAACACUCUAAUUGACCUGUAUGCCAAAUGUGGAAGAUUAUCUUUGGCUGAGUUCAUGUUCAAAAAAACUGAGUUCUCUAAGGAUGAGGUGUCCUGGAACACGAUGAUUGCAGGAUAUAUGCAUAAUGGACUCGCCAAGGAAGCCCUUUCCGCGUUCCAUUCCAUGAAAUUCGAAUCAUUUCAGCCCAAUGUGGUCACAAUUGUGAGCAUCCUGCCUGCGGUGUCACAUUUAACAUACUUGAGAGAGGGCAUGAAUAUACAUGCCUACGUAAUCAAGAAUGGUUUUCAGUCCCAUAAGCUUGUAGGGAACAGUCUUAUCGAUAUGUAUGCCAAAUGUGGUCAACUUGACCUUUCGGAGCGUAUAUUUGGGGAGAUGAAGAACACUGACGGUGUUUCUUGGAAUGCUUUACUUACAGCAUAUUCUAUGCAUGGGGAAGGUGAUCGUGCUCUUUCUGUUUUCUCUCUAAUGGAAAAGAGAGACAUCAAAUUUGAUUCUAUAUCCUUCCUUAGUGUCUUGUUUGCCUGCAGACAGAGUUACCUGGUACAUGUGCUGGUAGGAGGUAGCAAGUGGCCCAAGGAAUUAGUCCAGAUGGGCGCAAAGCUGGCUCGGACACCAGGUUAUCAAAAAAAUAUAUAUAUAUAAUAAAAAAAUAAAAAAUAAAUCUCCAUGAUUAUGCAGCCACUUACAUCUUCGAGGAUGAAUCUCCUAUAUCUGCAAAAUAUGGCCAGCUUCAAGCUCCACAUAUAAAUUCUUGGAUCUAUAACUGAUCAUAAGGCCCCUUCAGUUUCGGGAAACAGAACAUGCUUCACAAAAAUAUUACUUCCUCCUACCCAUUUUAUUGCGAUUUGUUUGACUGGGCAUGAAGGUUAAGAAACCACAAGACAUUUGAAACUUGGGGUCUAAAACAAGUCACAUCUAUUUGUGUAGCGUUAAAUCAUCUGGCUAAAUGUGAAAUGGAAGUUGAAGGUUAAUUUGUUUCUAAUACAAAAUGUUUCAUUCUUUUUGGGACAAAUUCAAAAGGAAAGUGCAUCACAUGAAUUGGGACAAUGGGAGUAUAUUCUUAGAUGAAAAUUUAGAAGGUGAAACAGGUCUUAUAUCUCUUCCUGAAGUAGGAACUAGAGCUACAACUAAUAUUUAAUCUCGUCGGACUUUAGUGUUGUAAUGUUGGAAGGGAUCAACACGUGGUUUACUAAUGACCAGGAGCAAGACGAAAUCUGCAUCGGUGGGGUAUACAGCAUCUCGAUUUGUAUGUUGUUGGGUUCUGCAAAUUCAUGAAAAUGGUGGCAAGCGUGGGGAGAUUCUUUUGGAGGAUAUGGAAACAGUAGAGAAAAUGACAGUUCCACAUCUCAGAGUAAAACUUAGGAGUCUUGGGAUUCCUUCCAAGUGGUACUAAGCAAGAGCUUGUUGCUUCUUUGAAGACUUUCCUCGACAGCAAAAUUAACGAUGCAGGCAAUGGAUCCGUGGCACAGGAGGAUCAAGUAUCAUCUGAGGAGAGUGUAGGAGUAGCAUAUAACACUUCAAAAAAGAAGUCUAGAAAAGUGUCAAGUAAGAAUCGUGACCAAAGCGACGUUGUUGCAUCAGAGGUUGUCAGGCAGACGAAAAAAACGAGUGAAAAAAGGCCACACCAAGGAUACCUGUGUUGACAUUAUUGUCAAAAAAGCUGAAAUUACCGAAGAACUUUCGAUUGAAUCUAAUGACAUCAAAGCGAAUUAAAUGAUGAAUAAUUUUAUAGGAAAGAAAAAUGUACGAGGAAAGAGAAAAGUUUCAGCGGCGACUGCGUCAGCACAUGUUGGAGUUUCUGAGGGCGUUGAUCUUUCAUCAAGAUGAACCUGGACUAUUUUC